CCAAAGGUCCAAGAACUCUUACAUGAAUUUGGUGAUAUAUUUCCCAAAGAGAUACCCCCUGGGCUACCUCCUUUAAGGGGAAUAGAACACCAAAUAGAUUUAGUCCCAGGAGCAAGCCUUCCUAAUAGGCCAGCCUAUAGGACUAACCCUCAGGAGACUAAGGAGAUAGAGUCUCAGGUUAAAGAAUUGUUGGAGAAGGGCUGGGUCCAAGAGAGCCUAAGCCCAUGUGCUGUGCCAGUGUUGUUGGUGCCCAAAAAGGAUGGUACGUGGAGAAUGUGUACAGAUUGCAGGGCCAUCAACAACAUCACUGUAAAGUAUAGGCACCCCAUUCCUAGACUUGAUGAUCUGCUUGAUGAGUUGCAUGGUGCCAAUAUCUUUUCAAAAAUUGAUCUUAAAAGUGGUUAUCACCAAAUCAGGAUGAAAAAGGGUGAUGAGUGGAAAACUGCUUUCAAGACCAAGUUUGGUUUGUAUGAAUGGCUAGUGAUGCCUUUUGGGCUCACUAAUGCACCAAGCACCUUUAUGAGGCUUAUGCAUCAUGUCUUAAGGGAUUUCAUAGGUUUUGUAGUUGGUAGAAAUGGGGUCCAAGUGGACCCUGAGAAAAUCAAGGCCAUCCAAGAAUGGCCCACCCCAAAAAGUUACAUUAGAGGGCAAAGCAAGUUAAACAAGAGGCAUGCAAAAUGGGUAGAGUACCUAGAGCAAUUUCCAUAUGUUAUCAAAUACAAAAAGGGAAAAACAAAUGUGGUAGCUGAUGCCCUCUCUAGGAGACACACAUUGUUUUGCUCCCUAGGAGCUCAAAUUUUAGGAUUUGAUAAUAUUAGGGACUUGUAUGCUUUAGAUGAACAUUUCUCUCCCAUUUAUGAGAGUUGUGGGAAAAAGGCCCAAGAUGGAUUCUAUUUGGCUGAGGGGUAUUUGUUCAAAGAGGGAAAGCUUUGCAUACCCCAAGGAUCCAUUAGGAAAUUACUUGUGAAAGAGAGCCAUGAGGGUGGGCUCAUGGGCCACUUUGGGAUAGACAAGAAUUUUAUGGAUUAUGUGGCGAUGGGUGUUAAGCAUCUCAAAGUGAUCAACCAAGGUCCGCACGCCAACAACAAUUGUCCCUGGACGAAAUUAGGGUAUGACACAGAUGACCCAGUUCGUGGAUCGGUGUACACAUCUACGAACCCAAUAUUUAUUGACGUCAAUCGUUCUAUUACGUUUACACAAUUCAUUCAAAAAAUUAACAGCCUUCUCCCUACUCGAGCAACUGAAAAAGUUGCUGUCCCUAUUUCAUUUCAUAAGGGUCAGACACGUUAUAUUUCAGCACAACUACAAGACAAUGACGAUCUCAGAGGCGCGAUGGAAACAAUUCUCCAUAAUCCACAAUUGAAUUCUACCGAAUUCAAAGCUGUUAGUGACCUUAUUCCUCAACCACAACCAUCAUCACCACAACCCUCAUGUCCACAACAACAACUACCGCCUCCACAACAAUUACCAUAUAACAACAUAGACCUCAAUAAUCCAGUAUCUUCAUACAACAACCUUGAAACACAAGACCCCUUUGAUAUUUAUACUUCAUACACACAACUAUUAUCUGAAAAUCCAUCUUCUUUUGAUGCCCAACAAACCUCCUUUGACCAACAAAACCAUCCUUCAUAUCCCUUUACGCCACCUUCACAACAACCACAAAUGCAAACAUCAAAUCGAAAUGAACAUCCCAUCGCUAACGAAGAUCCCAUUAUAUGA